GCGGUUCGACGAUCUUCUCUCCGUGCUGGAUACAGCACGGGCUUCACCUAAGACAAACCUUAGGCUGCAUGAUUGCAUCGUCGUGGUGAGCGUGCGGCACAUCCUACGCUCCAAAUAAUCGACUAGCCAGGAAAAUGCACAACGGCCAGGGGUACUACCACCCCUACCACAACACGCCCCGUCCGAACUACUCCUCCAACCACAAUCGCCAACCCUCCCCAUCCAAGGGAUCGCCCACGAACUCCCUGCUUGACCGCAUAAGCUCGACGCCCGCUGGGUCGAGCCCCACUCGACCAUCGCGCACGUCUUACCCGCCGCACCCGCGCCCUCCAGUGGAAAAUCCUGCACCGACGCAAGUUGCCUCUCCCAGUCAGGAAAAUGGUCAGGAAGUAGCAGCGAAAGAUGUGGCCCUCCCGUCCGAGGAGACCGUCGAAGCGUUCCUCGCGAGCGUCCUCACCACGGACGUUGUAGCCUCGCGCCUCCAGGCGCCCUCCACCUCCACUUCUGCCUCCCAGUCCUCCGCACCUCCUCCGUCCACCGCCACUCAGUCGCAGCCUUCGACUUCCACACCUCCGUCCUAUGCACCCCAGCCCGCCUCCGCACAAAUCGCAUCACCGCCGGGCCUCCUCUCCUCCACACGCGCCCUCCUCCUCCCGCACAUCCUCGCGAACGCACGCGCGCGCGAUCCCACUGGCGCAUGGGAUGACGUGCGGUCAGCGGAGGCGGCGCGCCGUGCGCGCGAGCUGGUGACGGACGAAUGGUGCGAGGAGAUGAUCGCGCAUGCGAGGCGCGCGCGGGAGGAGAUGCGCAAGCGCGGUGUGAGCCAGGAGGCGGAGGUGCGUAUGGACGUGGACGUGAAUGCGGGGAAGAGUGUGGAUGUGCAGAUGGCAGAUAACAAGGGAAAGGCCGCUGAAGUUGAGAACCAGACUUCCAAUGUGGGUGCGGAAGAGAUGGAUAUGAGCAAGCAGGAGGAGAGGUUGCGGGUGGUUGAAGCGCAUGGGCAACCACCACAACCUCUAUCACAAUUGCAGCCGCGACUGCGAUUGCAACCGCAACCGCAAUUUCAACCACAACCGCAAUUGCAACCACAACCACAUCUACAAGUUCAAUCACAUCCACAUCCACAAGUCCAAUCACAUCCACAUCCGCCUGGCGGGACAAUGCUGGAUGGUGCUGCUCGUGUAUUGCAAAACUUCAUUGCAAACACACCUCGCCCACCGAGUCCGAUGAGUCGGGAGGCCACAGACCACUCUACGCAGACCGCUGGACCGUCGCAUACAGCUGGACCAUCGUCCAGUGCUGGUCCCGCUUCUGUUGUCCAUGCCAAGAGUGAAGCGGCGUCCAUUGAGGGGGCGACGACGGCUGCGGAUAAUGAGUCUGGUUUAUGGGCUCUCCGGGUGGGUAGCCGGGUGUCAGAGAUUGCGACGAUCACAUUCGACAUGCAAGACAGCGUUGCACCUGCCGUCCAGCGCUGGGCCCGACGGCAUACUGAACUUGAGUGAGUGCCUCGACUUCCUUCCUUGCGCACACGGACAUAGUGACACCUUCACGUCAGUGAGCGUGA